AUGGUUUGCAAUAACCCAUCUAAACCAAUCCCUCAAAUUUAUAAUGAAGUUGUGUCUGCAUAUAGACAAAAUAAAGGUACCGCUGAAUUAGUACCAAUGUUUGACAUGUUGAGAUCAACAUUAUAUCGAGACAGAUCAACUGUUUUACCGAAAUUACCACGAUCAUUAGAUGACUUAAUUUUACCAGCUAUCUUCCGUAAAAAUCUUUAUAAUGAAAAUAUGUUACUUUGUGAUAAAAAACAACCAUCACGUAUUUUGGGAUUCGCUUCGUUAACUGCAAUAAAACACCUUGCAGAAUGUAGUAUAUGGAAUGCAGAUGGAACGUUCAAAACUGCUCCAAAAUUGUUUACUCAAUCAUAUACAAUACAUGCACAUAAUGAAUUUUCAAUGAAGCCUAUAGUAUUUUCAGCACUUCCAGACAAAUAUGAAGAAACAUAUUCUUCACUUUUACAAUCCGUAAUCACAUAUGCAAAAGCAAACAACCUCAUUUUAUGUCCAACAUCAAUUUUAAUUGAUUUUGAAUUAUCAUCAUUCAAUGCUUUCAAGAAAGCUUUCCCAAAUACAAAUAUUGUAUUUUGUCAUUUUCAUUUUGCAAAAAAUAUAAUGAAAAAUUUGAAGAAAUUACGUAAGUACUUCUAA